ACUGCACUGAAGUAGUGAAAUAUUUUUACAGAAAGGCCUACAUAUCAUUCACUCAACUCAUCCAGGAGUGUAUACGCAAAGGUAAAGGAAGCGGCUGCCUUUGAAGGAUCAGCCAUGCUUGGAAGCAUCAAUAUGCACUUGCUGGUCAUAGCUGGAGUACUCUUAACUUGGACAGUUACCGAGUGCAGACAUUGGAAUGACCUUUCAGUAGUUUCAUUGCCAGAGAGGACAUCUUCAGAUUAUGUAACGCAGUGUUUCUACAACAAACAUGCAAAUCUGACUUGUGACUGGACGAGGAGCCAAAAAACAGUUCCCGAGGAUGUCACAGUGAAUAUGCUAGAGAGUCGUCCACUAGAGAUUGAGGGCAUGGCCUGUCUGGAGUUCUGGUACUUGGCCCCGGCUGCAUCUGUUGGGUCUGAGCUUCGUGCUCUGUUAAAAAGCAGCAGUGGUCAAGUAAAAAUUUGGACUUCUCCCACUUUUCCAAGAGAUGCAUGGAGACAAGUGUUUCUGCCCCUAGAUAUCAAUGAAACAGGCUCAUGGCUUGCAUUUGAAGCCAUCUACCCGGUAUCUGUUGAAGACCAGACUCAUCUAAAACAGAUUGGUGUAAGAAGAGGUUCUUGUGGUAACCAGUGUGACUCCAACACAGAGUUAUUGACUGAUGAGUCAACUCGCUGCAUCUGUUCUUUUGGUCAGCUCUUCUGCUUUCAACCUCAGUGCCAAGAGGACCAAAUUUGUGGUCCUCAGAGAGGAGGCCUCAGUGGGCUUUCCAAUUCAGGGAUGUGUACUAUCCACCAUAACACAGACUUGAGCACUUUUGACGGAAUGAUGUUCCACUUCAUGGCUCCCUGCUCCUAUGUGCUGAGUAAGAGUUGCUCAACCACUGGAGUUAUUCCCAAGUUCAGUGUGGAGGUGGUCAAUGAGCAGAACAGCAACGGAUCACUGCCAAAUGUACAGCAGAUUAUUGUGAAUUUGGGGAACAUAUGGGUGUCCCUGCUAAAAAGUCAGAUGCAACAGGCUAUGGUUAAUGGUGUCUGGAAGAAUCUUCCAUUCAGUCACAGCAAUGGCCUGCUAAACAUCAAGAGCAACCCUGCUGCUGCUGUAGUGGAAACAAAUUUAGGUCUUACCGUUUCAUAUGACAAUGCUGGCGACGUCAUUAUCUACCUGCCAUCAAACUUCUCCGGUGAAGUAUGUGGCUUGUGUGGAAACUUUAACCACCUGCGUGGAGAUGACUUUCAUAAGCCGGAUGGCACAUAUGCAGAAAAUGCCAAAGCUUUGGGUGAGAGCUGGCAGACUGGGGAAAUCGGUUCCUCCUGUGAAACCAUACUUGUACCUUUCCAAUGUGAUCAACUGAAAGAGGCAGAAUAUGCCAGUGAGGUGUACUGUGGAGGCAUCCUCUCUGGCACUGGGGCGUUUGCUGACUGCUUAUCAGUGAUCGGGGCACAGAGCUACUUCCGGACCUGUGUGGCUGGCAUGUGUUCUUCUCAUGGUGACCAAACAGUACUCUGUGAGAUGUUUCAGGACUAUGCUGCUAUCUGUCAGGAAGCUGGAGUUGCUGUACCCACAUGGAGGAAUUCAACGUUCUGUCGUCAAGGUGGGGCAGCACUACCUGCUAACCCCAAUCUCAAUACGCCAGCUUCUCAAAGUGUUCGUGUGCCCACCACCUCAACUCCAACAGCCAAGCAUCCGGUAAUGACUGCCACUAUGCCUCCUGUAAAGGGGUCAGGGCAUUUGUUAAAUGGGCGCAAUGCUACUGUAGUUCCUGGGCUACCUCUGCACCCAGUUUGCCAAGUAAACUGUGAUUUUGAGCAAGAUUUAUGUCAGUGGAGUCAGAUGCUCACUGAUGUGCUUGAUUGGAAAAGGCACAAUGGUUCCACUGCCACCAUAACUGGUCCUGCGUCAGACCACACCACAGGAGGUGGUCAGUAUCUUUACAUUGAAUUCACUGCUGUGUCACUUGGAGCCACAGCUCGUCUAAUCAGCCUUGAAUGUUCCGACUCUGGCCCACAAUGUUUUCAGUUCUGGUACCAUACGUAUGGAUCAGCGGACACAAUGGGUCUUCAUAUAUACUUAAUUCAGGAUAGAAAAGUUGAUGCUGUGUGGCGGAAAAAGAAUAAUCAAAGAAAUAUGUGGCAUCAGGCUCAAGUGGAUUUGAUGACAACAGGAGCAUUCCAGCUCAUGAUUGAGGCAAGAGGCUCCAAUGACCAGUCUGAUGCAGCAAUAGAUGACAUAUCCCUUCAGCGUGGCUUCUGCACAGAUGUGGCUAAUCCAGCAAGUCCUGUUCCUACAACCAUGAGUCAACUUCCGAUACAAAGCUAUGAGUUUCCUCUGCUCAAGUCAACCAUCACCACAUCCAGGCCACCCUUAACAGAGGCAAGCCCCACACCCCAAUCGGAAGCAACAGAGCCGCAGCCUCAGACUAACACUCUACCCCCCACCACCACAACCUGGCUACCCAUGUCCACAGAGGCAAGUCCCACCCCUGGCCAAGAGCUCUUCCCAACACCUCAACCAGAAGUGACGGAAACACAGCCUCAGACCACCACUCAGACGCUGGUCACGACAACCAGGCCACUGCCGACUGAGGUAAACUCUCCACUCCAACCGGAAGUAACCAAACAGCAACCUCUGAACACUACUCCACCAAGGACCACCAAAAGCACAUCGGUGACCACAAGCGAGGUCCUGAGCACAGAGGCAAGCCCUACAACUGAACCAGAAGUGACAGAGCCGCAGCCUGAGACUAUCACUCUACUACCUGCAACAACUAGACGCCCCAUGGCCACGGAGGCGAGCCUGACCCCUGGCCCACAGCUCUUCCCAACACCUCAACCAGAAGUUACGGAACCACAGCCUCAGACCACCACUCGGAUGCCAGUUGCCACAACCAUGCCCCUGACAACUGAGGGGAGCCCUACACCCCAACCUGAAGUGACCAAACGGCAACCUCUAAACACUACUCCACCAAGCACCACCGAAAGCACAUCGGUGACCACAGGUGAGGUCCUGAGCACAGAGGCAAGCCCUACAACUGAACCAGAAGUGACAGAGCCGCAGCCUCUGACCAGUCGGCCCACUGCCACCACAACCAAACUACCCCUGACCACAGAGACCAAACCACCACAGCAUCCAGAAGUCACGGCUACUCGGCCAACCACCACCAGGCUGACCCUCACUACAGAGGUGAGCAUGACAACGGAGGCAAUCCAAACCCCUGGCCCACAGCUCUUCCCAACAACACGACCAGAAGUGCCAGAAAUGCAGCCUGAGACCACCACUAAACCACCUGCCUUCACAACCAGCUUGCCCCUGGCCACGGAGGCUAGUCCUGCAACAAAACCACAGCUUCAGACCACCAUUAGGCUACCAGCCACCACAUACAGGCUGCCCCUACCCACAGAAGUGAGCCCUACACCACAAUCGGAAGCAACAGAGCUGCAGCCACAGACCACCACUUCGCAACCCCCAACCACGACCAGACUACCCCUGGCCAAAGAGACCAAACCACCACAGCAUCCAGAAGUCACGGCUACUCAGCCACCCGCCACCAGGCAGACCCUCACUACAGAGGUGAGCAUGACAACAGAGGCAAUCCAAACCCCUGGCCCACAGCUCUUCCCAACAACACGACCAGAAGUGCCAGAAAUGCAGCCCGAGACCACCACUAAACCACCUGUCACCACAACCAGCUUGCCCCUGGCCACAGAGGCUGGCCCUGCAACAGAACCACAGCUUCAGACCACCCUUGGGCUACCAGCCACCACAUACAGGCUGCCCCUACCCACAAAAGUGAGCCCUACACCUCAAUCAGAAGCAACAGAGCUGCAGCCACAAGUCACCACUUCGCAACCCCCAACCACGACCAGACUGCCCCUGGCCACGGAGGUGAGCCCCACCCAUGGCCCACAGCGAUUCCCAACACCAGAACAAGAAGUGCCUGAGCUGCAGCCCCAUACCAACACUCAGCCAACAGUCACCACAACCAGGCCACCGCUCACCACGGAGGGGAGCACAGUCCCCCAACCAGAAGUGACUGCACCUGAGCAGCAUGCCACUUCAACCAGGCAGCCUAACACUGAGGUGAGCCCAACACCCCAACCGGAAGUGACAGAACCACAGCCUCAGACCACCACUCGGAUGCCAGUUACCACAACCAGGCUGCCCCUGACAACUGAUGUGAGCCCUCCACUCCAACCAGAAGUGACCAAACGGCAACCUCUAAACACUACUCCACCAAGCACCACCGAAAGCACAUCGGUGACCACAGGUGAGGUCCUGAGCACAGAGGCAAGCCCUACAACUGAACCAGAAGUGACAGAGCCGCAGCCUGAGACCACCACUCUACUACCUGGAACAACUAGGCUCCCCAUGGCCACGGAGGCGAGCGUGACCCCUGGCCCACAGCUCUUUCCAACACCUCAACCAGAAGUUACGGAACCACAGCCUCGGACCACCACUCGGACGACGGUCAACACAACCGCACUGACCCUGACAACAGAGGUAAGCCCUACACCCCAACCUGAAGUGACAGAGCUGCAGCCUCUGACCAGUCGGCCCACUGCCACCACAACCAAACCACCCCUGACCACAGAGACCAAACCACCACAGCAUCCAGAAGUCACGGCUACUCAGCCACCCGCCACCAGGCUGACUCUGACUACAGAGGUGAGCAUGACAACAGAGGCAAUCCAAACCCCUGGCCCACAGCUCUUCCCAACAACAGAACCAGAAGUGCCAGAAACGCAGCCUGACACCACCACUAGUCUACCAGCCACCACAACCAGCUUGCCCCUGGCCACGGAGGCUAGCCCUACACCUCAACCAAAAGCAACAGAGCCAUGGCCUCAGACCACCACUCAACCAUCCAUAACAACCAGGCUCCCCAUGAACAUGGAAGCAAGCCCGACCCCUGGCCCACAGCUCUCCCCAACACCUCAAUCAGAAGUGACGGAACCACAGACUGAGACUACCACUUGGACACCUGCCACCACAACCAGGCUGGCCCUAACAACGGAGGUGAGCAUGACAACAGAAGCAAUCAAAAACGCCAUCACAACUAGGCUGCCCCUUACCACAGAGGCAACCACAAUCCCUAAAAUGACAGUGACUGCACCUAAGCCACCUGCCACUACAAUCAGGCAGCCCAUUAACACUGAUAGCCCAGAAUCGCAGCAUCAGACCACAACUCUGCCAACUGCCACAACCAUGGCCACAAAGGUGAGCCCUACAUCCCAACCAGAAGCAACAGAAUCACAACGUCAGACCACAACUCGGCCAACUGCCACAACCAGCCCACCCCUGACCACAGAGCCAAGCCGAACAACCCAACCAGAAACUAUGGACUUGUUGCCUAACACCACCACUGGGCCACCCACCACAACCGUGCGGUCCCUGACCACAGAGAUGAGCCCACCACUCACACCAGAAGUAACCCCUCAGCCACUCGCCACCACAACCAGACCGCUCCUCACCACAGAUGGACUACCAUCAUUAAUCACAUUUUUCCCAACACCAUCUUGUGCAAAGAACAGUCAUUACACCGCUUGUGUUCCUCCGUGCGGUCCAACUUGUGACUUCCUGAAUGGCCCCCCGCAUUGCAGUAACAACGGUUGUGUACCAGGAUGCGUUUGUGAUGAUGGCUUUCUACAGAAAGGAGGGACUUGUCUCCCUGCACAGGAGUGUGGGUGUGUGGACAAGAAUGGCAUCAAACGCAAAUUCAAUGAAGUGUGGUACACCAGUCACUGCAGUCAGAAAUGCAAAUGUGAUGAGGACGAUGGCAUGGGAAAGAUCGACUGUGAUGACGAGGGGUGUGAAGAUGCAGUCUGUCUUCAAAAUGAAAUGGGCUAUUACUGUCAGUCAACAGGCUUCGGUGGAUGCACUGUCAAAGGAGAUCCUGAGUACAAAACAUUUGAUGGGAUGAAGCAUAACUUUGAGGGUGAACGCUCAUAUGUGCUGCUGAGGACUAAAAACCUACCCAGUAACCUUCCAGAUGUCUACAUCGAGAUCAUUAAUGCAUGCACAGAGGACAAUCAACAUGAUGACAGCAGUGAGGAAGACAGCAGCAGUAUCGAGGAUGAUCAUGAAAAGGACGCUGUACAAGAACUCAAGAUCAGAGUGUACAACCACACUGUGGAGUUCAAAAAGCAUCGGAAGCUUUUUGUGGAUGGAAUUAAAAUUCAAACUACUGUCACACCAACUCCGGGAUUUGAUAUCCAGAAGCGUUCAUCCCGCAUCUACUUAAAGGCUGAUUUUGGUCUUUCAGUGGAGUCUGAUGGCCUCUGUAAAGCAGAGAUCAUUCUACCAAAUUUUUAUAAAAGGAAGGUGGAGGGACUGUGUGGAAACUUUGAUGGACAAAAGUGGAAUGAACGGAUGAAGCCAGAUGGUACUAGGGCCAAGAGUAUUCAAGAGUUUGGGGAAAGUUGGGCAGUGUGAAUAAAUGAAGAAUGUAAAAGGGAUUCAGCUCUUAAUGAUGAUCUGUUUGUACCAGUAGUUUAGUCAAACGUUUACAUGAAUGCCUCUAGAAAUCAGAUUUCUGCCCCCACUUAUGGAUUUCACAGCUUUUUCAUGACUAUAGUUGCCCACCUAUUGCCAUGUAUACCAACUAUUCGAAAUGUUGCGUAAAUGUUCAGUAACACUAACUUGGCAAGGCUGAUUGUUUACAUGGGAUGCAUAACUGCAAAUGGAUCAUCAAUGAAUAGAAAAUUACAUGAUCAAA